CUAUCCUCGACAUCUUAUUUUUCUGGAUUACUUGGUUAUUGCUUUUGCGAAGGAGGAGGUGUUUAUUUAAAAGAGUGCACCGAUAGGUCGUUUCUUCGUGCCGGAAAAGCAAAUUACCGAGUAUCCGGUUUUGGGAUAACUGUCAUGGAGGAUUCACAGUCGGAUAUGAGCAUCGAGCUCCCUCUGAGUCAGGAGACAUUUUCAUGCUUAUGGAAACUUCUUCCUCCAGAUGAUAUUCUGCCCACCACAGCGACAGGGUCACCUAAUUCCAUGGAAGAUCUGUUCCUGCCCCAGGAUGUUGCAGAGUUGUUAGAAGGCCCAGAGGAAGCCCUCCAAGUGUCAGCUCCUGCAGCACAGGAACCUGGAACUGAGGCCCCUGCACCCGUGGCCCCUGCUUCAGCUACACCGUGGCCUCUGUCAUCUUCCGUCCCUUCUCAAAAAACUUACCAAGGCAACUAUGGCUUCCACCUGGGCUUCCUGCAGUCAGGGACAGCCAAGUCUGUUAUGUGCACGUACUCAAUUUCCCUCAAUAAGCUGUUCUGCCAGCUGGCGAAGACAUGCCCUGUGCAGUUGUGGGUCACCUCCACACCUCCACCUGGUACCCGUGUCCGUGCCAUGGCCAUCUACAAGAAGUCACAACACAUGACUGAGGUCGUGAGACGCUGCCCCCACCAUGAGCGUUGCUCUGAUGGUGACGGCCUGGCUCCUCCCCAACAUCUUAUCCGGGUGGAAGGAAAUCCGUAUGCUGAGUAUCUGGACGACAGGCAGACUUUUCGGCACAGCGUGGUGGUACCGUAUGAGCCACCUGAGGUCGGCUCCGACUAUACCACUAUCCACUACAAGUACAUGUGCAACAGCUCCUGCAUGGGGGGCAUGAACCGCCGGCCCAUCCUUACCAUCAUCACGCUGGAAGACUCCAGUGGGAAUCUUCUGGGACGGGACAGCUUUGAGGUUCGUGUUUGUGCCUGUCCUGGGAGAGACCGUCGGACAGAGGAAGAAAAUUUCCGCAAAAAAGAAGAGCAUUGCCCGGAGCUGCCCCCAGGGAGUGCAAAGAGAGCACUGCCCACCAGCACAAGCUCCUCUCCCCAGCAAAAGAAAAAACCACUCGAUGGAGAAUAUUUCACCCUUAAGAUCCGUGGGCGUGAGCGCUUCGAGAUGUUCCGAGAGCUGAAUGAGGCCUUGGAAUUAAAGGAUGCCCGUGCUGCCGAGGAGUCAGGAGACAGCAGGGCUCACUCCAGCCUCCAGCCUAGAACCUUCCAAGCCUUGAUCAAGAAGGAAAGCCCAAACUGCUAGCUCCCAUCACUUCAUCCCUCCCUUUUCUGUCUUCCUAUAGCUACCCGAAGACCAAGAAGGGCCAGUCUACGUCCCGCCAUAAAAAACCAAUGAUCAAGAAAGUGGGGCCUGACUCAGACUGACAGCCUCUGCAUCCUGUCCCCAUCACCAGCCUCCCCGUCCCCUCCUUUCUUGCCAUUUUAUGACUUUAGGGCUUGUUAUGAGAGCUGACAAGACAAUGCUAGUCCCUUCACUGCCUUUUUUUACCUUGUAGAUAGUACUCGGCCCCCUCUAUGCAAACUGGUUCCUGGCCCAGAUUGGGGAAUGGGUUGGUAGUUGCUGGGUCUCUGCUGGUCCAGCGAAAUCCUAUCCGGUCAGUUGUUGGACCUGGCACCUACAGUGAAAUUUCACCCCACCCCACCGCCUGUAAGAUUCUAUCUUGGGCCCUCAUACGAUCUGUAUCCUCCAGGACCCAUUUCCUCCACUCUGCAAAGCCUGUCUGCAUUUAUCCAUCCCCCACCCCUCUCCCUCUUUUUAUCUCUUUUUAUAUAUCAAUUUCUUAUUUUACAAUAAACUUUUGUUACCACUUGUA